CCCCUGACCUACAAGUUGUUGAUCAAGACUAGUCUAAGGAAGAGUAAACAUGAUACAAUUUCCGCUCUAGAAUUCCCCCGGAACAGCGCCAAACGUCACUGAACAGAUUGCAUCACUGAUAUGAUCUUUGGCCAGUGCCUGUGACGCCUGCAAACAUGGACGAGCGAGCACGCAGCAGCCUAUUGGUGAAUCGGGUGUCAAUCAUCAAGGACCUGAAAGUUCAACACGUCAUCAACCCCCUUCUCAGUGCAAAGGUCCUCACUUUGGAUGAUGAAGAAGAAAUCCUUGCAGAAACUACGUCAAAAAAGCGUGCAGCAAAACUCCUGGACAUCCUCCCUUCUCGUGGGAAUCUCGCCUUCGUUUCUUUCUAUAAGUCCCUCCAAGAUCAGUACACACACCUGGCAGAACUCUUAGCAAAAGAUCUCCCCACUAGCGAUAGGCUUGAGAAGAUUCAAAAUGGGGGGAAACGUAAGAUGAGCACCAUAGAUGUAGAGACAGUGCUGGUUGAAGGAGGGGUGCCACCCAGGCCCCGUAUAUUCAUCAAAAGGCCAGCACAGUCCCAGCAGAUUCGUAAUGCCCUUCAGCAGCUGAAAGACGAGCCUGGGUGGGUGGUCGUACACGGCAUGGGUGGUUCAGGGAAAUCAGUUCUAGCAGGAGAAGUCGUGAGAGACCAAGAACUGUUGGAAGAAUGCUUCCCAGGAGGCGUCUUCUGGGUUUCUCUAGGACAGAUAGAUAAGCCAAUGCUGCUCAUGAAGAUGCAAAACUUAUGUUUGCUAUUGGAUAAAGAGCACCAAACUCCACCUCGAAAUGCAGAAGAGGCUAAAGACAGGCUACGGCUUCUUUUCACUCACCAGCAUCCCAGGGCCCUACUGAUCCUAGAUGACGUGUGGACAGCCAGGGACGCCAAGAUGUUUGACGUCCGUUGCCGUACGAUGCUCACCACCAGAGACUCGAGCGUGACAGAUGCAGUGAGGGGAAACAUCAGCAUGGUCCCCAUCCGAGAAGGCUUCAGCAAGGAGCAGUCAGACGAGGUCCUGGCCUCGUGGACGGAGACCAAAGUGUCGGACCUCCCGCCAGAGGCAAGUCAGAUCUACACAGAGUGUGGGGGUCACCCCCUGGCAAUCUGUAUGAUAGGUGCACUGCUAAAAGACCACCCCAACAGGUGGCAGUAUUACCUGAAGCAUCUACAAAACAGGAAGAUGAGCAAGUUCAAAAAGACGCUCCCGUAUGAGUACCAAUCCCUCGCUGAAGCCAUCGCCAUCAGUGUCGACCAUCUUGACAAAGACAUGCGUGAUCUGUACCAGCAGUUUGCCGUGUUUGACAACGACACCUUGGUGCCCACCCAAGUACUCAGCAUCCUUUGGGAAGAAGAGGUGGAACUUGUAGAGGACACAAUGGAUGAACUAUGCAAGAAAUCUCUAGCUUUUCAAAGUUGGGAUGAGAAGCAGAAAACAUUUGUGUACUCUGUGCACGACCUUCAGUUGGACUAUCUGAAAGAGCAGUGCGAAGACAUGCAGUCGCUACAUGCGACACUAGUCAGCAAGUAUGAGAAAGUCUGCAAAGGAGAGUUCCACACCUUGGAAGAUGAUGGGUACAUCCACUGGCACAUGGAGGACCACCUUGCAGCAUCAGGCAGGGUCAAUGACCUUUGCAGCAUCCUAUCCAGCCUGGAUUGGGUAGGGUCAAAGGUCAGAAUCACUGGUCCAUCCUUCCUUGUUGAACAGUACGUCAAGCACGGGAAGAUACUCUGUCAAAACCGUGGACAGCAACUGCGAGACUUUGAAACCUUCCUUCGCACAAACUUGCACCGGUUCUUUGAAGACCCCUUCCCCGACAUUGUUCAACUUGGGUUGAACCAGUACAGCGAGUCUGAGGUGUACCAGCAAGCCCUCUCACGCGCCACACAGAAUGACAACUACUAUUUUGUGUGGAGUGGGAAGGACACAGUGAAAGACCCCACCCAGCUGACUGUAAAGGUCCACAGUGGCGGUGUGCACUUUGCCAAGUUCUCUCCUGAUGGUAACCAGGUGGCCUCCUGUGGAGAGGACUGCAGUAUCAAAGUAUGGGACGCACACACGGGGCAGGUGCAGCUAACCCUAGAGGGCCACCGAGACGUGGUGUACUGCUGUGGAUUUUCCCCAGACGGUGCCACCAUAGUGUCCUGUGCUGGGGACAGGUUAAUCCAUGUGUGGAAUGCUGCUACUGGCAAGCUAAUGCACACGUUUCACGCCUUCAAACGUGUCACACCCUGUGGAACGCCAACUCGCACGCCCUCCUUUGGUUCAACCAGGCGCACGCUCACUGAUCCACCCUUGAUGCCACGAUCGCGAGACCCGAGCCCCUCUUCUAUGUUCCCCGUGUUUUCUGUCAAGUAUUCGCCAGACGGCACCAAGCUGGUAUGCUGCUCAGGGGAGGGGUUGGUGAAGAUACUUGACAGCAUCAGUGGGGUGGAAGUCCACACAUUUACAGCUCACACCGACUCAGUCAGAUGCUGCGACAUCUCCUCAGAUGGAAGCCUUGUUGUGUCUGCCUCCACCGAUGGCACAGCUGUAGUGUGGAACACGAAAUCAGGCAAACAGAUAACAACUUACAGUGGACACAAUAGAUCAGCCUUGUCGGCAUGCUGCUUUAAGCCUGAAAGUCACGUGGUGGCCUCAAGUGCUGAUUAUCAGAUUCAUGUGUGGGAGGCAAUGACAGGAGAAAGGUUAGGAGUCUGUAAAGCCCACAAGUCAACCUUCAUACAGCACUGCUGUUUCUCCCCAGAUGGUAGCCUCAUAGCGGGUGGACUGUCUAACUUCUCCAUACAGCUGUGGGAUACAGAGAGCAUGGACUGUGUGGCGAUGCACUACGGUCAUACCAUGUGGGUAUACUGCGUUGCCUUCUCUGCCAAUGGAAAGCAACUCCUGUCAUCAUCAGAAGACGAAAUCAUCCUCUGGGAUGUGGAGGGUGCGAAAAGAAUCGACUACAUGGGCUUGAAACGCGACUUUGACGUGAACUUUGACAUGGAUCCGUUCAUGGUUGUUGCCCCAGACAACAACGACACGCUCCGUGUGAUGAAGGGGAACCAAGCAGAAGUCGUGCAUCAGACUGACGUUUCCUUCGCAAAGUCACGGAUCAGGGCAUGUUGCAUUUGCCCCAGUGGCAACAAGGUGGCGUACGGCUGUGAGGACGGAGUCAUCAAGCUUCUCCAUUCCACACCAACGGGGGUGAAGUCACGUGAGCUGGUCGGUCAUAACGAAGCAGUGAGGUGCUGCAGCUUUUCCCAGGACGGCCGAGUCUUGAUCACGGGGGGUGAUGACAGCAAGGUCCUCAUCUGGGAACUAGAGAACAAGACGUCUAUCGAGUGUGUCGGGCACAGGGAGUCAGUCCGACACCUCAAAAUCUUCAGCCUGAAGCGCAAGAAGUUCCUGACUGCGUCCUACGACGGGAGCAUCAAGGUUUGGGACAUCAUGUGGGGCAUGAACGAGUUCUCUUGUGAGGACGAAAACGAACAGUGGGUGCUAUCAUGUGACCUGUCGCCUGACGAGUCAAAGAUAGCAUCCACAUCGGUUGAUCGUGUUGUCCGUAUACUGGGUACGUCGAAGGACGGAACGCUGUUGCACAAGUUCACUGGACACGUGGACUGCAUCCGUAGCUGUGCCUUCACCCUGGACAGUUCUAUCCUAGCAACUGGUGAUGAUGCUGGUUAUGUGAAGGUUUGGGAUGUAGAGAAGGGGGAAGAAAUUGUCACUUGUGAUCACCACCCAGGCGGUGGGGUAUGGGUUCGAGGCCUGCAGUUCUCCAGCGAUGGGAAACAGCUAGUUUCUGCAGCCAACAAUGUAAAAUGGUGGACUGUAGAUGGGAAACUGCUGCAGACAUUCCACAUCAAGGGCAGCUUCGUGAAAUCUCUACAGGCAUCCAAAGACUUUAAAACAUUUGUCACUAUUGACAGCUCAGGCUUCCUUUACAUCCUGAACAUGAUAGAGAAAAAGUGAGGCAAAAUUCAAACAACAUAGCUGUUCAGCUCAAGGUUGUGAAAAACAGUCAUUGCUGUCAUCCUUUAACCUUCUCUCUGCUAAGUGACAAUGUUGUAACCGAAAGAAAUUGGAUGAAUGAAGUAUGUCCCAGCUGGAAUUACAAAAAAUAUACAAUAUGUGAUUCAUUAUGCCAAGCAUGUACUCUUUUGAAGCUUGUCAAAUUCCAAGUGGUGUAUUUUUUUUCUGUGCCCACAAAUAUUUGCAAAUUCUUGCAGGUGGGUAUUUGGAGUGCAGUAUGCUUAUCAGGGAGAAGGUUAAAAAUACUAACCAGUGUACAAGAAGUACAAACCAGUUGUGACAUUGCCAUGUCGAACUGUACAUUAAUUACUGGAUCAAAAAAUCUAGAUUUUUGUACAGCAAGGAAAAAAAAUCAAAUGUUCGUUUAUAGUGAAGGAAAGUUUGUAGACUUCCCCACUAUCCUUUACUUUACUUACUUUAUCCAUCCACUUCUACCAUCUGGGGUGUCAUGGGGAGGUACAGUUGGCAGCUGACGGCUAGUCUGGAGGCUAUCCAU